UUGAUAUAGAACCGGUUAGAGUAUACAACAACACUUUAAAACCAACACAGGGCCAUACCAGUAACAACACCGACAGCUACAGCUCGGAAAACCUGGUGUGUAGCCACUAUUACGGAAUGGGCGUGCAAAAGGUCUGGGCAAAAAACAUAACAGGCAAAGGAGUAAAAAUUGCCAUCAUUGGUGCCGGGAUAAAUACAGACCUGAAGGACUUGAAACGGAAUAUUGGCGAUUGCGAACUUUGUAAGAACUUUAUUCAGAACUCAACAGAUGUAGCUCCAGAGAGCUUUAAAGAUUUAUUAGAUAAACCGCCUUCAGUUGCCGAUCAUGGUAAUAAAGUUGCAAGUAUUGUCGCAGCUGAAAAAGACAACAACAUUUGCAGCGCUGGAAUUGCAUAUGAUGCUACAAUUAUAGGUUAGUUUCUUAAGAUAUUAAGUCAUUAUAC